UCUUCCAAAAGCAGGCUCUUCAUUUUUUUUAAUGUCUACCACUAUCGUCAAUCUCUUUAUAACCACAGCCAUUUUCUUUCACUCUAUUGAUUCAAGCUCACAGGCAAAGGAGCGCAUCAUAGCUAUAAACAAGAUACCAGGACUUAUUGUUCCUGAGGGUCAGCCCAUAAUUUGGCAAAAUAAAAUGAUUGGAAAACUAAAUUUCGGGGUCGUUUUGCCAUUAAUCCAAGAUGAACGCUUCUUCACUAUACUACGCCAGCCCUCUAAUCAUCCUGAGCACAUUAGGUCCGUAGAAUGGCUAGUAUACAUAUCUAAUUGGAUUGAUGAAAUGCGGUAUCCUCAAGAGCUCUUGCGAACUGCUGCGCGAGAAGUACAGAGAUUAAAUUCCGUUAUGAAGGCCGCUCAAGAGGGUCGGGUCUUAAUUGAUCCUCCGCGACGAGCGAUUUCAUUUAAUGGAAGAAAUAUACAUAGGCCCGCUGCACGACAUACUGUACAUCCUGUGAAUGAUUUUGAACCCCCAAGACGAGCGUUUGAAUAUAGACUUAAUGAGCAUAUGGUUUAUACACCCAGGCCUGACAGAAUGCUUCUUAAACAAAUGCAACGUAGAAGAAACACAUGAAAUGUUCAGAAAUAAUAGCAUGUUCCAUCCUCGAAGAAAGAAAGUCGGAAAAUUAGGGAAAAAAUACUAGGAGGGCUCUCUGGUAAUUCUCCAUGUCAAUCCUCUUUCAUCCGCAGCCAACUCAACAGAAUCCGUGACAAAUCUUCCAAGCGUUAAAGCUUCUGCAAAUGAGUGAUUGGGUAUCUUGAAAAAAAACCCCAAUCGGAGCGCAAGUUUUGCAAAAUGUCGUAGGGUGGGGAAGGUGUAUAUUUUUAAAUUGUGUUUCUUUUAAUUUUUGAACAGACACUUUUUUAUCUUGUGCUCUGAUUAGUGGGAGCUUUUUCAGGUUACUCAUCGCUUAUUUGCGGGAGCUUUGACACGUGAGCGAUUUGUCACGGACUCACUGAACGCUUUGUUAACCAAAAAAACCGCAUUGGAUAUUUUUUUUAAGUUACAAAAAAUAACGCCAAACAUUAGAAUGUAAUGAAAAUAAAUAAAAUAUAAAAGGGAUAAGAAUAUAGAAGUGAGGACAAUAACUUAAGUUUUUAACGUUAGUUUGUAAUAUAUGCCGGUG